CGACUAGGGCGGGCCGACGGCGCAGGAUAAAGCGGCGGCCGAGGCAGCUUCAUUGUUGUGAACAAGUCUUAAAGGGGCCGCAUCACCCGGCCGGCCCUGCGCGGGGCGCGGGGUGGGUGCGGCGGGGGUUCCGGGGCGACCGAGCGCCGAGCGAGAGCCGGAAGGCGGGCAGGGGUCGCGGGAGCCGGCGGGAGCAGAGCGGGCAUCUACUCGACCCCCCCUCCGCACCCCGCUCCGGCCCCGGCCGGAUGGACCCCCCCGCGGCCAAGCGCAGCCGGGGCUGCCCCGCGGGACCGGAGGAGCGCGAGGCCGGGGCCGGAGCUGCGCGCGGCCGCGGCAGGCCCGAGACGCUGCUGGACCUCAGCGCCAAACGAGUGGCCGAGAGCUGGGCCUUCGAGCAGGUGGAGGAGCGGUUCUCUCGAGUGCCCGAGCCCGUGCAGAAGCGCAUCGUGUUCUGGUCAUUUCCGCGCAGCGAGCGGGAGAUAUGCAUGUACUCGUCGCUCGGCUGCCAGCCCCCGGAGGGCGAGCCGGACGCCCGCGUGCCCUUCACCCGCGGGCUGCACCUGCUCCAGAGCGGGGCGGUGGACCGCGUGCUGCAAGUGGGCUUCCACCUGAGCGGCAACGUGCGGGAGCCGGGGGGCCCCGGGGAGCCCGAGCGCCUCUACCACGUGUCCAUCAGCUUCGACCGUUGCAAGAUCACGGCGGUGAGCUGCGGCUGCGACAGGCGCGACCUCUUCUACUGCGCCCACGUGGUGGCGCUGUCGCUGCACCGCAUCCGCCACGCCCGGCAGGUGGAGCUGCGGCUGCCCAUCUCCGAGACGCUGUCGCGGAUGAACCGGGACCAGCUGCAGAAGUUCGUGCAGUAUCUCAUCAGCGCCCACCACACCGAGGUGCUGCCCACCGCCCAGCGCCUGGCCGACGAGAUCCUGCUGCUGGGCUCUGAGAUCAACCUGGUGCACGGCGCCCCCGACCCCACGGCGGGCGCGGGCAUCGAAGACGCCAACUGCUGGCACCUGGACGAGGAGCAGAUCCAGGAGCAGGUGAAGCAGCUGUUGGCCAACGGCGGCUACUACGGGGCCAGCCAGCAGCUGCGCUCCAUGUUCGGCAAGGUGCGCGAGAUGCUGCGGAUGCGAGACUCCAACGGGGCCCGGAUGCUGAUCCUCAUGACCGAGCAGUUUCUGCAGGACCCGCGCCUGGCCCUGUGGCGGCAGCAGGGCGCCGGCAUGACGGACAAGUGCCGGCAGCUGUGGGACGAGCUGGGGGCCCUGUGGGUCUGCGUGGUCCUGAGCCCCCACUGCAAGCCCGAGGAGCGGGAGGGCUGGCUGCAGCUACUCAGCACGUGGGACAAGCUGGACUUGUGCCCCCUGGAAGAAGGCAACUACUCCUUCGACGGCCCCAGCCUGCAGCCCACCGCAGCCCCCGGCCCAGGCUCCAAGGAGGAGGAGGAGGAGGAGGAGGAAGCAGCUGCAACUCCCCGCCACACAGUGUUUUGCCGCGCCCUGCAGGCUGGGCGGCUACACUGGGGUGACGGCCACUUGCAGAGGAUCCUGGCCAGCGACUCUUACGGCCCCAGCCUCACGGGCAGCGUGGGGGCCGAGAGGCUGGCCUUCGACCCCCAGGGCCGCCCCCUCUGGCUGGGUGAACCUUUCCCCACGGCCUGCGCCCGGGUGGACACCCUGCGAGCCCACGGCUACCCCCGGCAGGCCCUUCGACUGGCAGGGGCCAUUGUCAACACGCUGCGAAUGCAGCGGAGACAGCAGCUGGACAGCUACAAGCAGCAGAAGAAAGAGCUGCUGCAGAAAGGGGCUACCUGCAUCACCAACGCGGAAGGCUGGGUGGGCCACCCCCUGGACCCCAUUGGCUGCCUCUGCAGGGCGCUCCUAGAGGCCUCCUGCCUGGAGGAGGAGACACUGGCCCUCUACCCAGACCCAGGCUCCGAGAAGCGGAAGGUGGCCUACCAGCACGUGCCCGUGCCCGGGAGCCCCGGGGAGUCGUACCUGGCGCUGGCGCUGGAGGUGGCCCUGCUGGGGCUGGGGCAGCAGCGCGCCCUGCCCGAGGGGCUGUACGCCCAGGACAAGGUGGUGCGCAACGAGGAGCAGCUGCUCGCCCUCCUGGACCAGGUGGACUUGGACGAGCGGCUCGUGCAGGUGCUGCGCAAGCAGGCGGGGCUGCUGCUGGAGGGGGGUCCCUUUAGCGGCUUUGGAGAGGUGCUACUCGGCGAGAGCGUGCCCAUGCACACCUGCGCCCGCUACCUGUUCACCGCCCUGCUGUCUCAUGACCCCGAGCUGGCCUAUCGCCUGGCGCUGCGAGCCAUGAGGCUGCCCGUGCUGGACACGGCGUUCGCAGCUGGAGAGCCUCACCCCACCCCGCUGGACUCCACCGACAGCAGCCGCUUCCCCCGCUGGUUCAUCCUGGGCCACCUGGAGACGCGCCAGUGCGAGCUGGCCUCCACCAUGCUCACGGCCGCCAAGGGAGACCCCAAGUGGCUGCACGCGGUGCUGGGCUCCAUCCAGCAGAACAUCCACUCGCCAGCGCUGCUCUUCAAGCUGGCGCAGGACGCCUGCAAGACGGCCACGCCGGCCAGCGCACCACCGGACGCCACGCUGCUGGGCAUCGCCCUGGAGCUCGGCCUGCAGGUUAUGCGAAUGACCUUGAACACGAUGACGUGGCGGCGGAGGGAGAUGGUACGCUGGCUCGUGAGCUGUGCCACAGAGAUCGGCCCCCAGGCCCUGAUGAACAUCAUGCAGAACUGGUAUACCCUCUUCACGCCCGUGGAGGCGGCCACCAUCGUGGCGGUGACGGGCACCACGCACGCCACGCUGCUGCGCCUGCAGCUGGACACGGCGCAGCGGGAGGAGCUGUGGGCGUGCGCGCGCACCCUGGCCCUGCAGUGCGCCAUGAAAGACCCCCAGAACUGCGCGCUGCCGGCCCUGACCCUGUGCGAGAAGAACCGGGCGGCCUUCGAGGCCGCCUACCAGAUCGUGCUGGACGCGGCGGCCGGCGGCCUGGGCCACGCCCACCUCUUCACCGUGGCGCGCUAUAUGGAGCACCGAGGCCUGCCGCUGCGGGCCUACAAGUUGGCCACGCUGGCGCUGGCUCAGCUCAGCAUCGCCUUCAACCAGGACAGCCACCCGGCCGGCAACGACGUGCUCUGGGCCUGUUCCCUGAGCCACUCCCUGGGCCGGCACGAGCUGUCCGCCCUGGUCCCGUUGCUCAUCCGCAGCAUCCAGUGCGCGCCAAUGCUCUCUGAUAUCCUGCGGCGCUGGACGCUGUCGGCGCCGGGCCUCGGCCCGCUGGGGGCCCGGCGCGCCGCCAAGCCGCUGGGCGCCGAUCGGGCCCCGCUCUGUCAGCUGCUGGACGCCGCGGUGGCCGCCUAUAUCACCACCAGCCACUCGCGCCUCACGCACAUCAGCCCGCGGCACUACGGCGACUUCAUUGAGUUCCUGGGCAAGGCGCGCGAGACCUUCCUGCUGGCGCCCGACGGGCACCUGCAGUUCACCCAGUUCCUGGAGAACCUCAAACAGACCUACAAGGGCAAGAAGAAACUCAUGCUUUUGGUGCGGGAACGUUUCGGCUGAUGCGGGGCAGGGACCGGAAGGGCUGUCGGGGUUGCAGGAUGGGUGGGGGGUGGAGUGUCUCGGGGAUCCUCCCCUGCCCCCCCUCCCUCCCGUGCACCGCAGGCCUCUUGCCUCUCUGACACCUGCUGUCUGUGCCUGCCCGCGGGGGCCCCCCAACACUGGAGACCCCAAGGGGACGUCUCGGUAUGAAGUCAGGGUAGGAGCCCACGGGGAAUGGCAAGCAGCAGCAGGUGCAGCCCUCCACCCGCAUGCCAGGCUGCGGGAAGAAAGCCAUACCGCUGCCUUCCAGGCCCAGGAAGGGGUGCGUGCGUGCGUGCAUGCUUGGGGAGCUGGUGUGAGGCACCCCGAAAACAACAGGCAGGCUCCCUCGGGGGGCCCCAAGUCAAGGCAGCCGACCUUACCCGAGCCCCACGCUGGUAUCGUAUUAGGGUAUCUACAUCCCCCAAACCCCGCCCCCCAUCCACUGCUCAGGGGCCCCCUUCUGCCACCCCGCACCCCCUUCUAGGCUGCCCAGCCUGGACCGAUGUCUCACUGCCCCCUCCCACUACCCCACUGAAGGAUUUGUAGGGGCCUCAGGCCUCGGCCACAUACCUCACCCCCAUAGCCUCCCAUCCAGCCAAGGGUUCCAUUCCCUCAGACACCACAGUGGGCCUGGGGGGGGACCUCAUGGUGCCCCUGUCCCCCACCUGCUCAUCACUGGACACACAACUCAGGAACCACAAUGCCCUCCCCAAGCUGGUGACCACGGAUCGGGCACAGGAGAGCCAGGGACCCCCCACUCCCAGCCUGGAAAGGGAAGAAACCAGCACCAUGUCAUUCCUCUGUGUCGUUCGGCACUGUGCCCCUGCCUCCCCGCCGCCUCCGCUGGCUUCUCCCUUCUUGUAUAUUAAGGAAAAAGAUCGCCGGCCUUUUUGUAACUUUUUUCUAUUUAUUGAACAGUAUAUUGUAUUUCCUGGUUUCCCUCUUAUUUUUUUUAAAGAUUGAACACAGUUUUUUCUUUUUAA